GACCAAAAAAAAAAUCUAGGGACCAAAAUAAAAUUUGGACAAAGAUUAGGUACCAUUUUGUGUAAAAAGAACCCAAUUCAAUUUUGGUCGGGAGAGUUCUUCCGUUUCGAAUCGAUUACAGUUUCUUCAAAGUCAGGUUAAUCACAUAUCGAUAAGAGGAGACAUCAGUUUAUUUCUGAUUUCUCCCAAACCCUACCCCUAAUUUUCACCCAAACCCUAGGCCCAAAUUUCCUUUAAACCCAAUCCCAGAAUUCGCAAUCAAUUCCCAAAUUCUCAACCAAACCCAUCAAGUUCUUCUCCUUUAAUCAGCGAAGAUGGUGUUGGCGCAAUUGGGGGGGAGCAUUUCACGUGCUCUCCAGCAGAUGAGCAAUGCGACCGUGAUCGACGAGAAGGUCCUGAACGAGUGCCUCAACGAGAUCACUCGGGCUUUGCUCCAAUCCGAUGUUCAAUUCAAGCUUGUCCGUGACAUGCAGACCAAUAUAAAAAAGAUUGUCAAUUUGGAUGAUCUCGCUGCUGGUCACAACAAGCGCAAGAUUAUUCAGCAAGCUAUAUUUAACGAACUUUGCAAAAUGCUGGAUCCAGGGAAACCGUCUUUCACUCCCAAGAAAGGGAAACCAAGUGUUGUCAUGUUUGUUGGUUUACAAGGGUCUGGAAAAACCACAACAUGUACAAAAUAUGCAUAUUAUUAUCAGAAAAAAGGAUGGAAACCUGCCCUAGUGUGUGCAGAUACAUUUCGAGCUGGUGCAUUUGAUCAGUUGAAGCAGAAUGCCACUAAGGCUAAGAUUCCAUUUUAUGGAAGCUAUAUGGAGUCGGACCCUAUGAAAAUUGCAGUUGAAGGUGUGGAAACGUUCAAAAAGGAGAAUUGUGAUCUUAUAAUUGUUGAUACUAGUGGGCGUCACAAACAAGAAGCUGCCCUUUUUGAAGAAAUGCGUCAAGUUUCUGAAGCAACGAAACCGGAUCUUGUUAUAUUUGUUAUGGAUAGCAGUAUUGGUCAGGCUGCUUUUGAUCAAGCUCAAGCCUUUAGGCAAAGUGUUUCAGUUGGAGCUGUUAUUGUUACAAAAAUGGAUGGCCAUGCAAAGGGAGGUGGUGCUCUUAGUGCUGUUGCAGCAACAAGGAGUCCUGUUAUAUUUAUUGGAACAGGAGAGCACAUGGACGAGUUUGAAGUUUUUGAUGUUAAACCGUUUGUCAGCCGUCUCUUAGGCAUGGGCGACUGGUCUGGAUUUAUGGACAAGAUCCAUGAAGUUGUUCCUAUGGACCAACAGCCAGAACUCUUGCAAAAGCUUUCAGAAGGGAACUUUACAUUAAGGAUUAUGUAUGAGCAGUUUCAGAACAUACUUAAAAUGGGUCCAAUUAGCCAGGUCUUCUCAAUGCUUCCAGGAUUCAGUGCUGAAUUAAUGCCAAAAGGUCGUGAAAAGGAAAGCCAGGCGAAGAUCAAGCGGUACAUGACCAUGAUGGACUCGAUGACAAAUGAAGAGUUGGAUAGCUCAAAUCCAAAACUCAUCAAUGAGUCACGUAUAAUGCGAAUAGCACGAGGUUCUGGUCGUCAAAUUAAAGAAGUAAUGGAGAUGUUUGAAGAGUACAAGCGCCUUGCCAAGAUAUGGAGCAAAAUGAAAGGACUUAAGAUUCCAAAGAAGGGUGAAAUGAGUGCACUAUCCCGAAAUAUGAAUGCACAGCAUAUGAGCAAAGUCCUUCCUCCCCAGAUGCUGAAGCAGAUUGGUGGCAUGGGUGGCUUACAAAGCUUGAUGAAGCAAAUGGGUUCUGGUAAAGACAUGAUGGGGAUGUUCGGAGGCGGGGAAAAGUAAGAUAUUUACGACAAUUACAGUGGUGAUCUCAAGUUUAUUUGCAAGUAAGGGUUGCCUUUGUCAACCAGAGAGGCUUGCGUUUGUGGGAGGCUAACAUACAUCUGCCCUCCAGUUGAUCCUGCUAACUGUUUUGCUAGAGCCUAUUAUCGAAGGGGCCAACAGAUAAUUUAGUUUGUUUUUAAUCGAUAGUUGCUUUAGUUGUGAUCUGAAGGGUCGGCUUUUCUUUUUUUAGUCUUAUUGUAUACAAUGUAUUUGGUUAAAGAAAUGAUCGGUGAUCAAAAGAAUUGUAAUGAAGUGUAGGCAAUGAAGUGAAUUUCAUCAUUUAAUGUUUAAAACAGAGUACAUA